CUUGGAUGAUGCCGAAAUCGCCGCGUCCAUCGAUGUCCGAGCGUUACCGUGUCCGUUUCCGCCGUYUGCGCCGCGCCGCUCGGACGCUGGUCCUGGAGAACGGCGCCCUCUGCGACGAACUGGCCCGGACCGAGGCCAAAGGGCUCCGCGUCCGGCACGAGCGGCGACUCCUCCUGGGGCGACUCCUGCGGCUGCAGAGCGCCGCUGACCGCUCGGACGGCGCGGCCGGARCGGCCGGAACGCGCCAGGACGGGCACAGGAGGGGCCGGAGGGUCCGAGCGGCCGCAGGGGGGAGGGGCAGGGCAAGAGCAGGGGGGAAAGAUGACCAAUGGUCAGUUGGGUCAAAAGAUGGCCAAUGGUCAACGAGAUCGAAGGAUGACCAAUGGUCAACGAGAUCGAAGGAUGACCAAUGGGCAGUUGGGUCAAAGGAUGACCAAUGGUCAACGAGAUCGAAGGAUGACCAAUGGUCAAUGAGAUCGAAGGAUGACCAAUGGUCAACGGGGGCGAAAGAUGACCAAUGGUCAGUUGGAAAAAAUCCAAUUGGGUCCAAGGAUGACCAAUGGCCAAUGAGGUCAAAGGAUGACCAAUGGUCAACGAGAUCGAAGGAUGACCAAUGGUCAACAAGGUCAAGAGCAGUUGGGUCAAAGGAUGACCAAUGGUCAACGGGAUCCAAGGAUGACCAAUGGUCAACAAGAUCGAAGGAUGACCAAUGGUCAGUUGGAAUGAGGUCAGCGGAGUCAAAGGAUGACCAAUGGUCAACGGGGUCAAGAGCAAUUGGGUCCAAGGAUGACCAAUGGUCAACGAGAUCGAAGGAUGACCAAUGGUCAACGGGGUCAAAAGAUGACCAAUGGUCAGUUGGAAUGACGUCAUCAGGGUCAAAAGAUGACCAAUGGUCAACUGGAAAAAAUCCAGUUGGGUCCAAAGAUGACCAAUGGUCAACGAGAUCGAAGGAUGACCAAUGGUCAACGGGAUCGAAGAAUGACCAAUGGUCAAGUGGGAAAAACGCCAAAGUUGGAGGCAAAGAUGACCAAUGGUCAACGGGGUCAAGACCAACUGGCUCAAGAGAUGACCAAUGGUCAACGGGAUCGAAGGAUGACCAAUGGUCAGCGAGAUCGAGAGCAGCGGAAUCGAGAGAUGACCAAUGGUCACGUGAUCACAAGAAUGACCAAUGGUCAACGAGAUCAAAGGAUGACCAAUGGUCAGGUGACCACAAGAAUGACCAAUGGUCAACGGGAUCGAAGGAUGACCAAUGGUCAACGAGAUCGAGAGCAGCGGAAUCGAGAGAUGACCAAUGGUCAGGUGACCACAAGAAUGACCAAUGGUCAACGAGAUCAAAGGAUGACCAAUGGUCACGUGACCACAAGAAUGACCAAUGGUCACGUGACCACAAGAAUGACCAAUGGUCACGUGACCCCAAGAAUGACCAGUGGUCACCUCCAGCCCAUCCCAGCGCUCUCCGGCCGCCCCAGGAGCCGCGUCCGGCCGGGCCAGCGGAUUUGGCCAGCGGUCAGCGGGCGUGGCCGGAGGAGGACGAGGACGAAGUGGACAAUGAGGAGGACGAGGAGGAGGAGGAGGAGGAGGAGGAGGAGGAGGAGGAGGAUGAAGGUCCGGCCGUGGCUUUGGGCUACUCGGAGCUGUUCAUGGCGAGUCCGGCCGGCUCGGACGAGUGACCAAUGAGUGGCCGGAGUGACCACUGAACGGCCGGAGUGGCUACUGAAUGGACGGAGUGGCCACUGAAUGACCAGAGUGGCCACUGAAUGGACAGAGUGGCUACUGAAUGGCCACAGUGACCACUGAAUGGCCGGAGUGGCCACUGAAUGGCCGGAGUGGCCACUGAAUGACCAGAGUGGCCACUGAAUGGACGGAGUGACCAUUGUGUGUCCAGUCAUCAAUAAAGGGUCUGGAGUGACCACUGAAUGGCCAGAGUGGCCACUGAAUGGACCGAGUGACCACUGAAUGGACCGAGUGACCACAGAGUGUCCAGUUACAAAUAAAGGGUCUGGAGUGGCCACUGAAUGGCCAGAGUGGCCACUGAAUGGCCGGAGUGGCCACU